AUGAGGCCCUUGACGGAAGAAGAGACAAAGGCGGUGUUUGAGAAGCUCGCAAAUUACAUCGGAAAGAACCUGGUCCACCUGAUCGACCGGGACGAGGAUGAUGCGUACUGUUUCCGUCUGAACCGGGAUAGAGUGUACUAUCUGCCCCUCAACAUGCUCCACCACGCCACCUCCAUCGCCCGCCCAAAUCUCGUCUCCAUCGGUACAUGUUUCGGCAAAUUUAGCAAGACCGGCAAGUUCAAGCUGGGUAUUACCUCGCUGGAUUGGUUGGCCAAGUACGCAAAGUACAAGGUCUGGGUCAAGCAACCGGGAGAGCUGCCGUUCUUGUACGGUAAUCACGUCGUCAAAGCCCAUCUGGGUCGGAUAACAGAGGACACACCAGAACAUCAGGGUGUGGUGGUGUACAACAUGUCGGAUGUGCCAUUGGGAUUCGGCGUAACCGCUCGCUCAACGCUCGAUACGAGAAAACUCGACCCGAGCGGGAUCAUCGUGUUCCACCAGGCGGAUGUAGGAGAAUUCUUGCGUGACGAGGAGACCAUGUUCUGA